AUGGGACAAUAUUCUAAUAAUGAUGCGACACCGGCGAGGUAUUCGAUGUCGGUUUCAGAGUAUCCACUUGCCAAUGUGCAGGUUCCCUAUCAGUAUAAGAUAGAAAAGUCCUUCUCGAGUGAGGAAGCAACAUGCUUUCUAGUGAACUCGCUUAGCCGUGAACAGCUUCCUUCUCUUAAGAGGAGACCAAGCUCGGAAGAAGCUGCUGCUACACAUAAGAAAACCAAGACAGAAGCAGAAGAGCUGGCGAGAGGCAUCAGGUAUAAUGCUCUUCAAUAUGGGAAGAACGGAGCUGGAGAAUCAGUAGCGGGUUUAGGUGCUACUGUUAGCGCUGCCAACCCUAGCUCGGUCCAUGGAGAUUGUUCAAGUGAUGCCGAGAGUAUUAUAGAUGCUGCUAUUGAAGCAUCAGAACGGGAUUUUGACACAGAGUUAUGUGAACCUGAUAGUUCCGCAGAAGAAGGUACAGCUGUGGCUCCUCCUGUGUUGAGCACAGCUCCGGUACCCCAAGUGCCGGUGGAGGCAUUGCCGAUAUCACCUUUGGACUCCCCAGGGUACACACCCCCAUUCACUGGAUUUGCGACUACAAAUCCCACUAACACCACCGUUUCCGGAGUUGAAAGCAACGUGGUGCUUGGGAAUAUUUCUGCUUCCCCAACUUUACAAGAUACAAUGCGAAAUGUUGCAAGUAAUGCUUUUCUACAGCUACCGCAUUCCGCCUAUAAGAACUUGAUUUUCCAGUUGAUCUCUAAGAUGAACCGCAGUGAGUUGUCUGAUCUAUCUACACUAUUAAAAGACCACUUAAAAAGGGACUUUUUACAAUCACUACCAAUUGAAAUAUCGAUGAACAUAUUGGAUAAUCUAGGAUUUGAAGAUAUAUGUUCAUGUCUUUUGGUUAAUAGCGCAUGGAACAAUCUGAUUAAAAAUAGUCCCCAUAUCUGGAAAAGGCUAAUGUUGAAUGAGGGGUUUAUUACUAAGGAUAAAUUUAGUUCAUAUUGUGACCGAGUGCCAGAAAAUUAUCGUUUGUUGCCUAAUCCUGAUGAUAGAUUCCGAUUAGACUUUUUAGAAAACAGAUGGAUUUUAGAAAAUUGGUAUAACCCUAGUUAUAAACCGGGUAGAACAUGCCUUGAUGGACACAGAACCAACGUAGUAACAUGUCUUCAAUUUGAAGGAGACUAUAUUAUCACUGGUGCUGAUGAUAAGAGGAUAAAUGUUUAUGAUGCCGAAAAAGAACAAUUCAAACUAGAGUUGGUAGGCCAUGAAGGGGGGGUUUGGGCUCUGAAAUAUGUUGGAGAUGAAAUACUUGUAAGUGGUUCAACAGAUCGUACGGUUAGGAUUUGGAAUGUGAAAGCUGGAAAAUGUACACAUGUCUUUAAAGGACACACAUCCACAGUCAGGUGCUUGGACGUAGUAGAGCAUGAGGGUAUAAAAUAUAUUGUUACCGGUUCAAGGGAUAAUACUUUACAUGUAUGGAAACUGCCUGACCCUAAAGCUCCCGAUUAUAAUCCAAACAUAACCAAACAAUUUAGCAAUACGGGGGAUAAUCCAUUUUUUGUCGGUAUAUUAAGAGGGCAUAUGUCUUCAGUACGUGCUGUAUCGGGGCACGGUAAUAUUGUGGUUAGCGGGUCUUACGAUCACAAUUUGAUGGUAUGGGAUAUUGCCAAGAUGAAACUUCGUUAUGUUCUAACAGGACAUACAAAUAAAAUAUAUUCAACUUUAUAUGAUCAUAAAAUGAAACGGUGCAUAUCCGCUAGUUUGGAUACUACUAUAAGGGUCUGGGAUCUUGCAGAGAUUCAUAAUAAUGGUUCCGUUACACCUGUUAAUUCUACAAGUGCUUCAAAGGUUUCUGGAUCUUUACGUACAUUAUGUGGUCAUACUGGUCUUGUUGGUCUUUUAGGUUUGUCCGACAAGUAUUUGGUAAGCGCAGCUGCAGAUGGGUCUCUUCGCGUAUGGGACUCAACAGAUUAUUCUAAACAAUUUUCUUUUCAUCAUACAAAUUCAAGUGCAAUUACUACGUUCUUUAUGUCGGAUAACCUAUUGGUUAGCGGUUCCGAACACCAGUUUAAUAUUUACGAUCUAAGAACUGGUAGAUUGGUUCAUAAGCAUCUUUUAAAUGAUGCGGACCAAAUAUGGGGCGUUAAAUUUAAUAACAGGAAACUAGUUGCCGCUGUAGAGUCCAACGGCCAUAGUUACGUUGAAAUUUUGGACUUUGGCUCUAGGAAUAGGCCCGUAAAUUUUGCAUCAAUGAGGUCACCUCCGUCUUCAUCCAGCUUUUUGAAUCACUCGAGGGCGCCUUCAACGUUCAGCUAG